AUGUUGAAUCAACGAUUGGGCAUUCCAGUCCAAAUGCCUGACAUUAAUCGUCUGCACCUCCAUUUUGUGCCUUCAACCUACACACCUCAAAGAAACGAAUCUCCGAGAUAUAUAUCCCAACCAAAUAUAUAUGAAGAAGCAGAUUCUAUUAGAAUAUCUCCUAUAGAUCCUAGAAACUCAGCAGGAUUUCAGUCCUCAACUCCAUCAGGAAAGACUGAGCUCAGAGCAGCGUCCAAUUUAGAAAAUAAACUUUUAUCCCCAAAGAAAUCAACAAUGUCGAAUGAAGAACUAUAUGCCGUUAUUCACAAAAGUAAAAAGAAGAUGAAUAUUGAAGCAGAAGAUUCACCGAGAUCGUCACCUUUAACAGUACAAGAAACUUCCAAAAAACAAACAAAAUCUCCAGAAACGGGAUACAUAGGUGACAAAUCCAGAUCUAGAUUGAGCUGGUCACCUAGUAAAGGGGAAUAUAUAGAUUUUAAUGAAGACAUAGACAAAUUAUCCCCGCCAAAUGAUUCAAGAACUCGGCAAAGUUGGGCUUGCAGCGAUAGGAAACCAAAGCCUAAACAAACCUCUACGCUGGAUUUUAAAAGACUACUCUUACAAAAAUCAAGUUCCAAUUCUCCGAAGAAGCUAUCAGCUGUUGAACAGCUGAAGAUGUCUAAACAACAAAUUAAGCCUUCUCCUCAAAAACUCCAACCUGAAAUGAAUAUUUUGGACCUCAGCGCCUCUCCUCGGAGCUUAGUAAACAGGAAGUUCAUGCAUAACCCUCCUGGAUCUCCGAACCGAGAGCAAAAACCUCUAACGAAAGUCCUAUCUCCUAGGUCCCAAUGGCGCUUUGCGAGCCCAAGAAGUGACGUUCUCUCCUCCCCAAUCCUAGAAGAUUGCAGAGAAGACGAAAGUCCGAACAGUUCCGGUGAAAGAAAGAAGUCUCCCAAGAAUCGCAGCUCAAACUCUAACACAGAGUCAUCUCCGAAGAAUCGCAGCUCAAACUCUAAUACGGAGACAUCUCCGAAGGGGAUGCCUCGACAAACGCAUUCCACGCCUUAUACCUCGGCUACUCAAAGACUUUACGCUCAAAGAGCUCAAUUCUUUAGCCCGGUAACGCCGAAAAGCAGUCAGGUUAAGAGCCAAGAGAAAGACAAGAAGACUUCUCCACCUACUUUAGAAACCGCGUUUUAG